GGCCGCCAACGCCACCGAGAGCAUAAUCCACGACAUUGAGACAAAGACAGAGGAGUUCAAGGAUCAGCUGCCUCCUGAUGAGGUGGGUUUGAAUGGUCUAUCGUCGUUACUUUGGGUUUACUGUUUUCUGCUGUUUUAUUAAUGUCUAGUCUACAUAUAUAUACCAUUGUAUUGAACUUGCCCACCGGACACCAGGUGACCAAUCUGAGAGACGAGGUGGCGAGAGUGCGUCAGGUACUCACCAACAAGGACGAGGAGAGUGCAGAGUCCAUCCAGAAGGCCGGAGCCGACCUCCAGAAGGCAUCGCUGAAGCUCUUCGAGGUGGCCUACAAGAAGAUGGCCGAGGAGAGAGAGGGAGGAGGAGGAGGGGAGAAGGGGUCGGGGAGUUCCGACACGAGCGAUGGGGAAGUCCGCGACGCCACCGAGGAGGAGAAGAAGAAAGAAUAGCAGCACGAGGAAGACGAGAGUUGUGAUGUUUCCACACGUCCUCUUCCCAAAUCAGCCACGCAACAUUCUUAGUGUCGAAUCAUGCUGUCGAUAUAUAUUAUGUGUGUAUAUGCAUUCAUAUUAUUACAGCUGCCAUUCUGAGAUUAGCCAAGUGGAUAUAUAUACACAGUGUGCGAGUAAGAGUA